AUGGCGAAGCUCAAAGGCACUCGCCGCGGCGCCUUCAGAGGUGUGCUCGUCGCCGGAGAAGAUCGUGAAGGCUCCACUUAGACUAACGCCUUCACAGCCUACUGUUUCGGCUUCUUCAUCUGCACCGCAGGCUUCCUCUUCGGAUAUGACACCGGCAUUGUGGGAGGUAAGUCCUAAGCGUCGAGUACCAGGCUCCACUGGCUUCCUUUUUGCGCCUUACCCCACUGAAACUUAUCAAACCUGGUCGCGACAGUGUGCUAAGUGCUGUUCAUAGGUGUGCUCACAAUGAGUUCGUACAAGAACGACUUCCGCUAUACCGACAAAACGACCGUGUCCGCUGUCAUGGUCUCGUUGCAGAACGUCGGCGCCUUCCUUGCUGCCCUCGGCGUCUUCCCCAUUUCCGAACGCUAUGGUCGCAAGAAGACCGUUCAGGUCGCCAUGGCUAUCUUCUGCACCGGUGUCAUCCUUCAAGUUGUACCAUCUCACUCGCUGGUCUGCUUCUAUAUUGGUCGCGUUGUCGCGGGUCUUGGUCUGGGGUCCGCCACUGCUGUAGUGCCCGCCUACAAUGCUGAGCAGGCGCCGAAAGAGAUCCGGGGCAGACUCGGCUCUGGCAUGCAGUGGCUGUUUGCUCUCGGUGUCAUGAUCUCCUACUGGAUCGUCUACGGAACGACACAGGGUAUCUCGGGUACCAAUUCCGCACAAUGGCAGAUUCCAGUCGGCCUCCAGAUGGUCCCUGCCGCCGUCCUUGGACUUGGUCUCUUCUUUCAGAAGGAAAGUAUUAGGUGGCUGGCAAAGAAGGGUCGUUACGAAGAAGCUCGGGCCAACCUCGUCUGGAUGAGGGCUGAUGAUGGUCCUGAAGCCCAUGCCGAGUUUAGCGAGAUCAAGGCCGGUAUCACUGAGGAGCUGCGCGCUAGUGAGGGAUUCACAAAACGUGAGCUGCUUGAGCCUGCCAACCGCUACCGUCUCGCACUUGCUUUCGGCAUCUUUCUGGGCCAGCAGUGCACUGGACAGACUGCACUCGCAUACUUUGGCCCUCAGUUCUUCAAGCUGCUUGUGGGAGGCGGCAGUCAGGAUCUCCUAAUCACUGGCCUUUUCGGAGCUGAAAAGUUCAUCUCCGUUGGUGUCUUCCUCUUGUUCUUUUCCGAGAGAUGGGGCCGCAAGCCGACUCUUUGGAUCUCCGCCUUGCUAAUGUCGGCUUGCUUCGUCAUCGUCACUGCCGUCAACAACUCGACGCCUGCACCCAAGAACAACAAAGCCACUUCUUCUGGCAUCGCGACGGUGGCUAUGAUCUUCUUGACGAACGUCAUCUACCAAUUCAGUUGGGGUCCGCUGCCUUGGCCCUAUACUGCAGAGGUAUGUCUUGAAAUAUCCCACUUCAAGUUCCAAGCUAACAUAAUUCCCAGAUAUUUCCCUCCCGUAUCCGCGAAAUCGGCACAUCGGUCGGAGUCUCCUCACAGUGGCUCUUCAACUUCCUCUUCUCCCUCGUUACUCCCUACAUGAUGGCCUCCUGGGGCUCCUACAUCUUUCUCUUCUACGCCGCACUGGACAUCGUGAUUGCCAUCUUGGUCUAUCUGUUUGUGAAAGAGACGAAGAACAAGACUUUGGAGGAGAUGGAGACCAUCUUCAACUCGCGUGCUGCCUUUGAUAAUGAGGCUGCGCGGACAAAGGCAUUGGCCAGCAGCGGCGAAGACCGCGUCAGUGAGGUGCAGAUCCAGUCGAAGACAAACGACGCGGAGACUGUGCGGUAG